GUUCAACUGCAACCGUUCCCUCUCAACGCUGCAAUUUUUCGAAAGAAGAUGCCAAGAGGACGACACAAGAGGAGGUCCAAAUCGAAGCAUAAGAAGCGCAAGAGCCGAAAAAGCAAGCACUCCGGAUGGAGAUCUCCGCUGAGAUCACGUUCCAGAUCGAGGUCGUUAAAGAAGGGCAGAAAGAAGCGAUCAAGGCAUGACGGGAGGAGCAGACAGAGAAAGCGCAGCAAGAGCAGAAGCAGAAGUAAAAGUAGAAGUAGAAGCAAAAGUAGAGGCAAAAAAGGAAAGAGAAGAUCGAAACGAAGACAUGAACACAAACACGGACAUGGACCCGAAAUGACAACUGCAGCGAUGAAUGAGAACCUUGGUAAUAUCGUCCUGGUAAAAAACCGCCAUAAGAGCAAAAGCCCGGCAAAUGAAGGCGCGCCACUUAUGAUAGAUCCUGCAGCAGCGCCCUUGGGCCAAGGUCAAGCACCACCUAUGCCAACUCCAACGACGACAGGCACGGAGACAACCACGCCCAGUUCACUGCCGCCGGCCGUACCGCCAGGACAACAACCGCCUUCAGGCGAGCCUUCGCCGGACCUGCCCUAUGUGCCUUUAUCACAAGUUACUGUAACCCCACUGCCUCAAACCACUACCACUACUCCUACUACCCCAGCCACCACCGCUACCACGACUCCCGCCACGACCACUGAUACCACUGGCGCCACCGGUGCGACCACGGCAACCACGACGCCUGCUCCCACCACUGCCGCUACCUCAACCUCGACUACACCGGGCCCUGCAGUAAUUUCGUCGACAACCUCAGCCCGUCCCGAAAAGGACGAACUGACGAGAAAGGAAGCAUCAAUAGAAAAGCCACCUCACGAUCGUGUACAAAAGUGGAAGACAUAUAUAGAGAAAACCCUGGAGGGUGGAGUAGAAGCGAUGGCGGCAGAAUUUCGUUUGAUUCGCGGUCACAUUCCUCCUAUGUCUACACGUUUUGGAUUCGAUGCAAAUAUGGACAAGAACAGAUUCGAAGAUGUUGUUUGCAUAGAUCAGACACGUGUUCGACCGAGUGGUGGUAAUUAUAUUCAUGCAAGUUGGGUGGGCAUCACUGCUAGCAGGAAAGAUAUUCUUACCCAACUCCCACGUUCAGAAACCAGUGGUGACUUCUGGCAGAUGGUUCUUGACGCUGAAGUUCAAGCCAUUUUAUUGAUUCUUACUCAUGCCGAAUUCACCAUGUUCCAUGCUAAUCAAGUCUUCCCUGAUGAACAAGAUUUCCUUUGCCUGAAUGAUAAACAAAUUCGCGUUGGGGAGUUCAAAAGGGUAGUUAUCGAUAAGGAAUGGACAAUGCAUGUGAUUUCUGUAAGGAGCGGAGACAAGCGAAGAUUCGUACAUAUGCAUCAUUAUUCUGGUUGGACACAUGGCAAACAACCCGCACGGAUUCUCGACCUCUGGCAGAUUCAGUCUGUUUUUAGAAAAUACUCCCAUCCUCAAGUCUAUAUGAGUCUGUCUGGUUGUGGACGUGCUGGUACGUACGCUGCAUUCGAGAUAGCGCACGAACGUUUACAUUCGGAAAACUUCCAAAAACUAAACGUUAGCGAUUGCAUUUGUCGUGCACGCAACGGACGAAUGCACUCCGUACAACGACCGAUACAACUGCAAACGAUACACGCGGCCAUCAUGGAACAUAUGAUGAACAAUAAAUUCGCUGCGCUCCUAGCUCCAACAACUGUGCAAAAAUACGAAGAAUUUAGUACACGAUUCAACAAAUGUGCUGAACAGCAACAAGAUAUGACAUGAUGCCAGUUUGUAAUAGACAACAGCGUUCCUUGUGUCGAGUCCAUCACAUCCAUGUUAUCCCCAAUUUUUGUUUUGAUGUAGC